AUGCCUAUUAUUCAAUCAAUCUACGUCGCUGAUACCAUAGAGAGAAGGCCCUUUACAAACAACAAUAAUUGGAAUUAUUACAAGCUUGUUAUUCUACCAGGCAUUUUUACCAUGGCGUCGAACCAAACACUACCGGACCACUUCGAUCCGCUGCAUUAUUCUAUCGAGCUUGACUGCUCUGACAUAGAAAACAAUGUCUUCCAUGGAGCAGUAUCCAUAGACUUGCAAGUCAAUGAACCCUCAAACCAGGUCUUUCUAAAUAUGAGAGAUCUGAAGAUCCUCAGUUCGGCCGUAGAAACUGCAAGCGGUCAUUCUUUCGCACCGGAGUCACUAACGUAUGAUGAGGUUUCUGAUGUCGCGAUUUUGACUUUUGCACAAGAAAUAGACGAAAAGUUUACUUUGAAAGUUGCCUACCAGGGCGCUAUCCAAACCAAUAUGACUGGAUUUUACAAAUCCGAAUAUUUUGACUCCCAGGAUCAGACGAAUAAAGCAAUGUACUCGACUCAAUUCGAAGCGACCGAUGCAAGGAAGGCUUUCCCCUGCUUGGACGAACCUGCUCGUAAGGCCACUUUUGACGUCACAAUAACCGCUUUGUCUCAAUCAACCGUCCUUUCCAAUAUGCCUCUCAAGAAGUCCUUGGAUAUAGAAAAUGGGAGCAAGACGGUGCAUAGAUUUUGUACGUCCCCGAAAAUGUCUACUUAUCUCGUUGCAUGGGCAUUGGGCGAAUUUGAAUACAUUGAAAAACAUACAGAGAAGUGUAUCUACCCAACUGAGGUUGGCAAUAAGAAAGACGUUCAAAGACUGCCAGUUCGGGUUUACGCAGCUAAGGGGAAAUCUCACCUGGGAAAGUUCGCCCUGGACGUUGCAACUAGAGUUAUUGACUACUAUUCCGGUCUUUUCCAAAUACCAUAUCCCUUACCCAAACUGGACUUAUUAUGUGUUGAAGCCUAUUCUCACAAUGCCAUGGAGAACUUUUCUCUCAUCACAUUCAGGCCAACGGCUCUGUUGCUCGAAACCUCGGUUCAAGCAAGCAAUCCAUUGUCCCUACAAAAGAUAGCCUACGUUGUUUCUCAUGAAAUUGCACACCAAUGGUUUGGAAAUCUUGUCACAAUGAAAUGGUGGGACGAGCUUUGGUUAAACGAAGGCUUUGCUACUUGGAUUGGCUAUCAUGCUGUGAAUGAAAUGUUUCCGGAGUGGGACAUUCCGUCGCUAGUAAUGUGCAAAUCUCACGAAGUUGCAUUAGAGCUAGAUUCGUUGAAAGAAUCUCAUCCUGUAAGGGUUACGGUGAAAAAUGCUAAGGACAUAGACCAGUUAUUUGAUACCAUAUCCUACUUGAAAGGCUGUUCGCUUCUUGAGAUGAUAAGUGAGUUUCUGGGACCUGGUAAUUUUAUUAGAGGCGUCGCCAGAUAUCUGGAACAAAAUGCUUUCUCUAAUGCAACCAUGAAUGACCUUCUUGGAAGCGUAGGUGAGGUGUGCGAGAUAGAUCUUUUGUCGCGCUUGAGCAACUGGAUUUUGACUACUGGCUAUCCACUAUUGGUCGUCGAAGAGAUCGACGGCAGCGAACUACUUUUGAGCCAACAAGUCAGCUCUUCUGAGAGCAAAGCGUGCACUUGGUGGGUGCCGCUUAUGACGCGCGAGGCUCCUGCAGGACAAAAGCUGGAGCUUUGGGACUCCAUAAUGAAUUAUAAAAAGCCCACCAGCUGUGUUCACUUCAACGCGAAUGGUUACGGCUUCUACCGCGUUGACUAUAGAAGUGAGGCUCUUUUAUUCGACAUUUGCGAAAAUAUCAAAAGCUUAUCAUCUCGCGGCAGACUUGCUUUGAUCUAUGAUGUCCAGGCGACAGCUAGCACAUCAACUCUUCUAGAAGUACUCUCCUAUUUCCCAAGAAUUCAGGACCCCUAUGACUAUUACGUGUGGGCAGCUAUAUUCGAGACAUGUUCCAAACUUAUGCUGGUGUUUGAUCAGUCAUCGAAGUUCUACAAAAAGAUCGAAGCUUUCAUGAAUCUAAUUAUAGAGCCUCAGAUUGACGCUGCGAUAUCUUUCUUAGUCAAUCCAGAUUCCGUUUUAGCGCGCAGCUCUGAUAAAAAGCGUGCUCUCAAGGCUCAGUUCUAUGAGCAAAUUCUAUUAGCAGGAGGGAGAGUUUCUCACGAACGGGUUGUUGCGAAGUGCAAGUCGCUCUACCACAAUGAGAGUGGUCCAAUUACUAGAGAAUUAGUGAUGUCGGUACUCGUAUCCCAGCCAAACACAUCUCUCGAAACAUUCGAGGAUGCUGUCAGUGAGCUCAAAGCUGCAACAUUGGCAAAAAAAGAGUCUCUCUUGGGCAUAGUGGGAAAAGUGCGUAAUCCUAUUCUCUUCGCCAAGGUCUUCGAACUUAUUUUCCAAACGGAACCCAUGAACGUUCAGUUUUUGGCCGAAGCCAUGGGCUCCAACCCAGAUAUUCGCUCAGAUUUGUGGCUCUUCAUAAAAGACAAUUACAAUCGCAUCUAUGAGAGAAUCGGUUCCAACCCGACGGUCUUGGAGAGAUUUGUAAAAUUCUCCUUGAGCAACAUGGUUGGAUUGUCUUUGAAGCUUGAAAUAGAGCAGUUUUUCGCAGGAAAAGAUGUAACAACUUUCGACAGAGCACUCAAACAGACUUUGGAAAAAAUAGAGAAAAGCACAUCUUACGCAGAUGCCAAUGUCUAG